AUGCCAGGAUCAGAGCGUGGCUCUUCAUUAGAAGCAAGAGCAGGUUCCAUGGAAAAACCAUUUGACGCCGAUAUGGUGAAGCGACCCCUCUACCUCCCACCUGGAAGAGAUACGGAUAUGCGCAAAUGGAGUAAACAAGACGUCUACCGCUGGUUAUCGUGUUUCUUGAAACCUGCAAACUAUCAAGAUUUCUUCGUUACAGUCAGAAAAUUGGAAAUCGACGGAGACGUUCUUCUGACAAUUCUCGAACGACGUCCAUCACAUCUCACAUUUGGAAUUCCAGAGGGAGUGUUCGAAAUGAUUAUUAAAAACGCAGACUCCGUUCAGAGAAAGCAUAAUGGAGAGGAUAUUGGUAUAUAUAUAAAGCCGGAACCACUAGAUGAUGACGGUCCAUACUUCUAA